AUGGGUAUGCCCUUCUUGCGCAUAACGACUGAGCCUCAUUCGACUGACAACUGGAAGAUCUAUGAGUUGUAUCCAGCCUAUUGGGAUUUUCAAGCAUUUUGUUACGAGUUACUUCUUAUGCAGUUCGUUGGAAAUGAGUUCCCUCGAGAAGCGGCUAAUCUCCACCGUUUGAAUGCAAUUACUGUACGUCUCGGAUACCCGUUGAUGCUAGCGGCCAACUAUGCAGCUAUCUGGCUGUUAACUUUGAUUUGUGCCCAGAGAUUCCAGGCAAUCUGUCACCCAUCUAAUCCAUGGAAAUUGCGACUAACAUGUAUACGCAGAAGUAAAGGAGCAGUUACUGUAGUAGUGGGAGCUGCGUUAGGAUUGAACGUGAUUCGCUUUUGGGAAAUGGAAUGGCAUGCGGACCAUGGUGGAAUUGUGAGCUCAGGAUUACGGUAUGUUACAGUUGGGCCAAAAGGAGCUAUUUGCAAUCGUAACCUUUUCAUAUAA